AUGCUGCAAAAGGAGGUAUCUGAGAAGGUACUGAGAAACACCAACCACGAGAAGAAGCAGCUGCAGGAGCAGCUGAUGGAGACCAUUUCUGGCUUCACCGAGGUCAUAGAGGGCCUACAAGAUCAAUGCGCGGAUGGUGCCAUCAACGCCCCAUCAGUUGAGCGAUUACAGGACCAGCUGCGGGAUGUCAACAACUCCAAUCACGCUUUGCAGGCUGAGGUUGAGAAUCUGAGGAUCCACUUGGAGAAGUUGACAGAGUCCAAGAAGGCCGACGCUCGGCGUUCGAACGGAUUGGGCGCUGGUCCAGAAGCUCAAGUGCAUCAAUUGAAGGAUGAGAGAGACAUGCUGAAGGCUCGCCUAGAAGAGUUGCAUUCAAAUACGGCUUCUGUUCAACAUGACCAGCAAGAGCAGGUGCACACGCAGGAACUGAAGCGCUUGCGGCAGGACGUUGAGGCCCUGCAUAACCAGAAAGAGCAGCUGCGAAAGCAGCUGCAGGACCAAGACAAGGAAAGACAGGAGUUGCAGGAUAAUUUCCUCUACGUCAAAGGACAGUUGGACAAGGUCCAGGUGAAGCAGGCAGAGGCAGCCUCCAAUGGUUCGUCAGAUGGCCAGAAGGAGCUUCAAAGGCACCAGCAGACACUCCAGACUGUCACCGAAGAAAGGAAUCGAUUGGCUGCUCGAUUGGACAGCACGCUGAAUAUUCUAGAGAAGGAGAAAGCCUACCAUGAACAAUCGGUGGAGAGGGUAACCUCGGCCAAUUCAAAAUUGAUGGAGGAGAAAGACCGGAUAGCAAAGGAAGUGGAGCGGCUGUCUAACUUGUGCUCAUUGGGUUCUAUUUGGCUUGUUGGGCAUGGGUGA